CCUGCGAGCGGAAAAUACAUCGGAAGCCCUUGAAUACUCUUCUGCCUUCGCCCCCCAUCCCCAUCGGCACCAACACCAUGCCCAAAUCCUCCAAGAAAGCCCGGUCGCAGGGCCCCGUGGCCGGCGCCCGUCCUACAAAAAGUCGCAAAAUGCACACCUUUCCCAAGCUCUCGACGGCGCCAAACACCGGCGCCGCCAGCACUCAUAUCAAAAAGCAACCGGCGAAACAACCGGCGCAGCAACGGCCAAUCAUCCCGUUCGGCAAAACUGAUCGCAUUCUACUUGUCGGAGAAGGUACGUCUGGGUAGUAGAGAUUUCUCCUUCGCGCGCUCUCUGGUGCUGCAGCAUCGCUGCCGGCAUGUCUUAG